AUUGGUUAGGAAUCUAUAGAGGCGGGGAAUAAAAACUAACCUUGAGAAGUAAAAAAUGGACGCAGAAAGCUCAUUUAUGAUGCAGUUUUGAUAUUAACAACAGUAAAAAUUGAAGGAAGAGUGGAGGAGGAACCCUAAUCCCCAAUCCAAUUUAAUGUCACAUUCACCGGACAGAAUCCCAAGUCCUAACCCUAACCCCAGUCCAAGGCCACCUCCAUCUUCAAAACGGAGCAAAGCUCUAAGCUUGCCAGACUUAUGGUUCAAAGAUCAAUCGCUAAAGAAUGCAGCUUUGAAGAUGCAUCUCAGAUCCCUCUCUGCUACCCCAUCAGCAUCACCUCCCUCUGACACUGACUUUUCAUUAAUAACACUGGACCCUUCAGGGCCCGAUCAGACCUUCCUCCUCUCCGACGAGCUCCUCCUUCAAAUUUUCUCCAGGCUCCCUCUCUCUUGUUAUGUCUCUAAUUCUCUUGUCUGCAAACGCUGGUUGCAUCUUCAUGGCCGCUUGGUACAAUCACUCAAGCUCACCGACUUGUCCUUUCUUAAUUCGGGUCGGAUAUUUUACCGCUUCCCCAAUCUCACCGAGAUUGACAUUGUUAACGCAUGUAUUAGAACCCCUCGUAACUCCGGUAUUUUGUUGACUCAUAAGAAUUUGUCAAUUCAUAUUGGUACCCAAUUCUCAGGGACGGAGUUUAUCGAAAAGAGUGAUCUCUUACCAUCGGAUUUGCUUGAUAGUGGACUUGAAAUGAUUGCCCAACGGUACCCUAAUUUGAGGAGAAUUUCUGCAAUUGGCGCGAGCGAAACUGGGCUGUUGAGUAUUUCAAAUGAGUGCGAGACAUUGCAAGAACUGGAGUUGCAUUGUUGUGGAGAUUUAUCUUUGAAGGGCAUUUCACGUUGUAGGAAUUUGCAAUUAGUGAAAUUGAUUGGUUGUUUUGAUGGGUUUUAUAAUUCGGUGGUGUCUGAUAUUGGAUUAACUAUAUUAGCGCAAGGGUGUAGGCGUUUAGUGAAGCUUGAGCUAUGUGGUUGUGAAGGAAGCUACGAUGGGAUUAAAGCAAUAGGACAAUGUUGUCAAAUGCUUGAGGAAUUGACUCUCUUUGAUCAUAGGAUGGAUGGUGGGUGGCUGGCUGCACUGUCAUUUUGCAGCAAUUUGAAGACCUUGAGGCUGCAGUCCUGCAAGAGCAUUGAUUCAAGUCCAGGUCUGGACAAGCAUUUGGGAUCAUGUCAUACUCUCGAGGAGCUGCAUUUGCAACAGUGCCUGAUGCGGGAUGAGCCGGGGGCGAAGGCUCUAUUUUUAGUUUGCGAGGCUGUUAGGGAGAUUGUCUUGCAGAACUGCUGGGGAUUGAAGGAUGAAGUCUUUGGCUUUGCAAGUCUUUGCAGGAGAGUGAGGCUUCUAUCUUUAGAAGGAUGUUCGUUGCUGACAACAGGGGGUUUGGAGUCCGUUAUUCUUAAUUGGAAGGAGCUUCAAAGAUUAAGAGUAAUAUCAAGCAACAAGAUCAAGGACAGUGAAGUGAGUCCUGCCCUGGCAUCUCUGUUCUCUGUUCUGAAAGAACUGAAAUGGCGACCAGACUCCAGGUCUCUCCUUUCCUCAAGUCUUGCUGGAACUGGACUGGGAAACAAAGGUGGUAGAUUUUUCAAAGGAUUGAAGGGUUGAAUGCAGCUCUUGAAGAUGAGAAUCUAGGUUUCAAUUUGGUGAACAUUAAUGAUUUACAAGGCAGAUACAAAAUGGUUGGGCAAUAUACAGAUGUUCUUUAGAUACUCUCUUUGAUUAUCGUAUCUAAUUUAGAGCUUAGCAGUCAUGCAGAGAAGGAUUUGCUAGAGCUUUCCCCAAAGAGCCUGCUAAUGGGGGCUGUCAUGUGAAGCACAUCAUUACUCGACCACCCACUUUCAUCUAUAUGGAUGAUGUGUAUGUCAAGCUAAAUAAGCUGUGUUGAUGUAAACCAGGGCUGCUUUCUUUUCUUUUUUUUUUUCUCCUAACCUUCAACUAGGUCAGAUUUUCUAAUUCAGUUUGCGUAUAAUCUGACUUGGUAGGAAUAGUACAAGUGUAGAUCUCCACUUAUUAUUUCAUGAAUUAUCUGUGCAGCUUCCUAGUA